CUUGCUGGUCGCCAUGGAGACGGGCGCCGCCACCGCCGCCGCGUCCCGCAAGAGCACAGAGACUAAAGAAAUGGAAAAAUUCACUCAUCUGGAAGCUCUGCUGUUUACUGCUGUGCUGGAGAAUUGUGUUGAUCAGCUCUCAAUUCUUGGAUAUAUCAUGCCGGUUUCAUAUGAGGGCAAGACAGACAUCAGCUAUACUGGCAUCCAGGAAAUGACAGAAAUCAUAGAGACCCAGAAGGAGCUGGACAUUAACUACCAAGAGCUUAUGUCAGCAAGGCAAGGGAGUGGGGAAACAGUUACCUCCAUGUCCCUGCAAAGCAUCAAACACAAGCAGCAGCUGGGGAAAACUGAAGAUCUAAAAAGUACCCAUCAUCUUUCCAACAGGGCCAUGAAACACAGUGCUCUGUCUGUAGAGGAUCUCAGGAAAAUUCAGGCUGACAGGCAGUAUGCAAGUGAUGUAAUUACAGUCACUAUGAGAAAGAUGCAGGAGUUGGGAACAUUUAAUAGCCUAAGAGAAGCUAAUGAGAGAGAGAAGGCAAAAAAGAGCAAGUUUCAUGACUUCCUCAUCAGGGAGGAGGAAGGAAAGAAGGAGAUAAAGUCACUUGAGAAACAGCUGCAAGAUGUCAAGAAAGAAACAGAAAUAGAACUUCAGAACCGAGACAAUAUGAUUGUUUACCUCAAAGAUGAGCUCCAAGAAAUGAAGGCCAAAACGGACAUGGAGAGCUGCUACAUGAAGAAAAGCACAGACCUCCGGGUCCACCAAACCCAGAAGAAGUGCAGCGAUGCAGAGAAUGUCCUCCACAAGGAAAUUCAGAAAUUAAGGAGCAAAACUGAUGAGGAGAUUCGAGUCCACAUGGAGAUUGAAAAUUUCCUCAGGCAAUGCUAUAAGAAGGUGGAAGAGAAGCUGGAAUACUGGGUGGACAAGUAUGAAAACGACACAGACGCUAAAGAUGAAGAACUGGAUGCCCUAAAAGCAUCAAAGGCAAACAAUUUGGAAAUGCUGCAGAGACUUGCCAAGGAGUGCCAGACAUUCGAGGAAACCAUCAUCAGUGACCGGGCGGAAAAGGAGGCUAAAAGAAGACAACUAGAGCAGGAUGCCCUGGAGCUGAAGAGCAUCUUGAAGCUGCAGGCCUGGUGGAGAGGUACAAUGGUCCGCAGAAACCUUGGCCCCUACCAGACCCUCAGGAAGAUUUGGGAGAAACAGCUAUCAAAGCAGAAAGAAAAAGGGAAAAAGGAAAAAUCUGGAGCAAAGAAAAAGACAUGAUAAGUAAAGAAAGCGGCCGCAGACAUGCUCCAGGGCUAUUGCUGGGCAGGCCACUACGGUCGGUCUGUCCGACAGGACAAAAUAAACCAUGUAACAGAGCUUGGGCUAUUCUGGAGAACAGUUCAUGACAGACACGGUUAAGGUGAAGCUGCAGUUAACCCUUAAGAUCUUGAAGCUGCCCUUGUACAGUAAAGACACAGUUUGUCCAGCAGAUACGCUGUAUCUCCCAAAGUGCUUUAUGGAAACAUCAUAGCUAGUGGGAGGUAAUCCUGUUAACAGCCCAGUAACUCACCUGCACGGGACGCUCUGCACCAAGGACCUCCCCUGCAGACCCCAAAGCACUGGCUGUGGCUGAAGCACUAGUGUUUG